GGGCCCACGGCCCGCAGCCGCCGUCGCCCCGCGCCCUGCGGAGCCGCCGCGGGAGCGCACGCCAUGACCACGCGGGGCACUGACAUGGACCGUUUCACCGAGUGCGGGACGCAGACGGACGCCGUGGUGGUGCUGUCCCUGGCACAGGCUGCAGUGCUGGGCUUAGUGUCCGACAAUGAGCUGCUGGGGGCCACCGUCAGCCCUGCUGGCUUCUUCCCAGGGCUGGGGGGGGAGGGAGAGCCUGACAUCACAGCAGAGCCCGAGAGCGAGGGAAUGGCGCCGGACGGGCAGGAGGACGAGUCCCUGGAGGCAGAGUGCUCCCCGGAGAAGCACGCGCGCAGGAGGAAGCGGCCCCCGGUGAGGCUGCUGCCCAAGGUCAAGCGCGAGGAGGCGGAGGCGGAGGUGUUCGAGGUGGCCGUGCCCGAGGAGGACGAGGCCGAUCUGCAGCACGGUGCCCCGCCCGCCCCCCCCCCGGACCCCACGCCGGAGCCCAGCGGUGUCGUGAAGAUGAUUGACCUCAGCACCUUCAGCAGGAAGCCCCGGCGCCUGCGGCACCUGCGCCGGCACACGCGCCAGCAGCCCCACGGCCGCGAACCCAACCCGGCGCAGGGCACCGCGCAGACACCGUGCGCCUUCGAGGCGGGAGCCCCGUCCCCUGGGGAGCCCGAGGCGCCCGCGUCCCCCGAGCGGGUGAAGAGCGAGCAGGGCUUCUCGUGGCAGGAGCCGGGGGAGAUGGAGGCGGAUGCUGCGGGUGACAACAGCGAGCACAGCAAGAAGGCGCAGCUGGACCGGCUGGACAUCAACGUGCAGAUCGACGACUCGUACCUGGUGGAGGCGGGGGACCGCCAGAAGCGCUGGCAGUGCCGCAUGUGCGAGAAGUCCUACACCUCCAAGUACAACCUGGUGACCCACAUCCUGGGCCACAACGGCAUCAAGCCGCACUCCUGCCCGCACUGCAACAAGCUGUUCAAGCAGCCCAGCCACCUGCAGACCCACCUGCUGACCCACCAGGGCACGCGGCCGCACAAGUGCGAGGUGUGCAGCAAGGCGUUCACGCAGACCAGCCACCUGAAGCGGCACAUGCUGCUGCACACCGACAUCAAGCCCUACAGCUGCCGCUUCUGCGGCCGCGGCUUCGCCUACCCCAGCGAGCUGAAGGCACACGAGGUGAAGCACGAGAGCGGCCGCUGCCACGUCUGCGUGGAGUGCGGGCUGGACUUCUCCACGCUCACCCAGCUGAAGCGGCACCUGGCCACGCACCAGGGCCCCACGCUGUACCAGUGCCUGGAGUGCAGCAAGUCCUUCCACUACCGCAGCCAGCUGCAGAACCACAUGCUGAAGCACCAGAAUGUCCGGCCCUUUGUCUGCACCGAGUGCGGCAUGGAGUUCAGCCAGAUCCACCACCUCAAGCAGCACUCGCUCACGCACAAGGGCGUGAAGGAGUUCAAGUGCGAGGUGUGCGGGCGCGAGUUCACGCUGCAGGCCAACAUGAAGCGGCACAUGCUCAUCCACACCAGCGUCCGGCCCUACCAGUGCCACAUCUGCUUCAAGACGUUUGUGCAGAAGCAGACGCUGAAGACCCACAUGAUUGUGCACUCACCGGUGAAGCCAUUCAAGUGCAAGGUCUGCGGGAAGUCCUUCAACCGCAUGUACAACCUGCUGGGCCACAUGCACCUGCACGCGGGCAGCAAGCCCUUCAAGUGCCCCUACUGCUCCAGCAAGUUCAACUUGAAAGGCAACCUGAGCCGGCACAUGAAGGUCAAGCAUGGCGUGAUGGACAUCAGUCUGGACAGUCAAGAUCCCAUGAUGGACCUGUCUGGGGCUGAGCACACCGAGCUGGACGGGCAGCAGGAGAUGGAGGACUACGAGGAGGAGAACUCGUACGGCUAUGAGGGUGUGGGGAACCCCCCGGACGACAGCGUGCUGGCAGAGCAGGCCAUGAAGGAGAUGGCGUAUUACAACAUGUUGUAGCAAGGAGGGCGGGUGGCCCGGGGUGGGCGGGGGGGUGGCGAAAUGGACCCGGCGUGUAAGAGAACUGCUGCUGGGGUGCAGUGCUGCUGCAGGGGGGUGAGCAGGGGGCAGGCAGGGAUAUCCCUAAAGCACGGCUGGGCACAGGGCGGGGAGCCUGGGAGAGCUCUCGCCUUCAUGGGGACGUUCCCGCUGGGGCCCGUUCUCCCUAAACCUCUGGAGAAGGAGUGCCCCUCUGCCCGCUGCCCUGCCACCCCCCUCGCCCCCCACACCUCAGUGCUGGCCGGGCCCUCGCCCCGCUCCUCACCCGCAGCCCUGUGUGAUGUACUUGAAGCCGGCAGGCUGCGCCCCAGCAGACGAUGAGCGUCGCUGCUGAUCCUACCUCCUGGGUCCCCGCUCGGCUGCGCCGUGCCAUGCAUCAGCCUGGCAUCCCCUGCAUGGAGACCAGCACUGCACCACCCCGCGCUCCCCAGCUCCUCACAGCGCAGAGCGGCUCCUGUUGCUCUGGCACCGGCGCUGAGCUGGUACGGGCAGAGCUGGGCAGGCCACGAGAGGCCACAGGGCACACACACAAAGAGUAUUUUCUUACAAACUAAUUGCAAAGCUCAGCGGAAGCAGCAGCUCUGAGUACAGAGCGGCUUUGGUGAGCGAUGUAUUUAAAGGAAGGCAAACCCUGUUCAACUUGAGCAAAUGAUGGUAUUUUGAAAGUAAUUUAUUUUUUUCAGAUGUGCCGCGUGGUUGGAUUUAUCUUUUCACUGAGUUCAGUUUCCUUCAACCAAUGUUCUUUGUAAA